AUGCAAGCAGUAGCAAAGCUGAGCAAGAACCUCACUCGGCCUCUCUUCUUCCUCGCUCCAAGAACCUUAACCACCCUCACUGCUCCUUCUUCUUUAUCGAACUUGCUUUCCUCAUCGGGCUGUGACACCAGCAUCACCCACUGCACCAACACGUGUCUCACUGGAAAAACUCUGCUUCAAUCUCCCUGGUCCGCCAUCCAACACCGCGGAGCCGUUGUCCUGGGCUCCGAUGUGAGAGCUGGAAAUGUCAUUGAGAGGAAAGAUCGUCUUUACCAGGUGAUAAAGGUAGAACAUUCCCAUGAAGGAAGAGGAAAAGCGCACAUUAAGGUGGAGCUUCGUGAUGUUGACUCUGGAAACAAGACAUCCCAAAGGUUGUCGACGGAUGAGGCAGUUGAAAGAGUAUUUGUUGAGACAAAAAGCUACAUUUACAUGUGCACAGAUCGUGAUGGCAUUGUAUUAUUGAUGGACCCUGAUACGUAUGAUCAGCUCGAAGUGCCUGUGGACUUAUUUGGAAAGAAGGCUAAAUACCUACAAGAGGAACUGAAAGUUAAAGUGGAGCUGUUUAACGGAAUCCCUUUGUCCGCAUCAGUUCCAAAACAUGUGACAUGCAUUGUCAAGGAAGCACAACCUCCUGUGAAGGGGAUUGCAGCAACACCUAAGGAUAAAAUAGCUGAGAUGCAAAAUGGCUUCACCAUGAAAGUACCACCUCACAUCAUAGCUGGUGAAGCUGUGAUAAUUGACACUGAGGACGACUCCUAUGUCAGAAGGGCCAAGGCAUAG